AUGUCUGACGGUGAAAAGCAAAACAACACUAUGGAGGCGGACUACGAGUACGAGUCGGAGGAAGAAGAGCAACCUCAACAAGAGCAACAGGUCGCGGAAAAGCAACAACCUCAGCAGCAGCAGCAAGGCCAGCGAACAAUGCAGAGAAUGCCACAGCAAAACCAACAGAACGGUCAGCAAAUGCAGCAACAGCAGCAGCAACCACAACAAAACAUGGUUCCUAUGGACCAGCGAGUAACGGGUAACAUGGGUGGCCGAACCGGUGCGAUUAGAGAGUCAAGAAUCAAGGAUCGUCCGCAGCCAAAGGAAUCCAGAGACAGCAGUUUGAAGAUCAAGAUCGAGCUUGAUUUAGAAGUCGAGGUAAAUAAAACCCGCCCCCAUCACCCACUCCCAGCGUCUUAUUUAUUGCUCAGGUGGAUCUGUAUGCGAGAGUCAAGGGUGAUGUGA